CAUUUGCAUACUGGCGCAGCUUUGGAAAAAAAACAACAGACCGGCCCGUUGGCUAACUUAAAAGACAGCUGUCUGUGUUUUAUCCCUCAUCUUUGUGGAAAUACAGAAGUUGGUUAGCCUUUUAAAGAGGUUCGUGUGUGAUUUAAGUGGUCGGAUAUCCUACAUCAAGCUUCGCGCUAUAGGUUUUGCGCAUAUAUACGCAAAAGUAAGUCGAAGCUAACGCUAGCAAAACCUGAUUUGUACAUUGCAUGUUUGUUUGUUUUUUUGUUUUUUUACUUGACCAUAAUCCCACCGUAGUUUGUUUCAACUGUCCGCUCCCUUUUCUUGCCCCGGAAGAGAACCCAGUUGUGUUUCCGGCUUUGUCUUUACGUUUGGGCUCGGCAGGGAAGCUAAGCUAAGCUGCUAAUUACGAGUCGACAGUCACGUCGGGGUCGCCUUUGUUCCCGCUGGUCCACUCGGAAUGUUGGAGUUUCUCCGACAGCCUUGGCUUUGAGUGCCGUGAAACAAAGAAAAGAAACCACCACUAGUAGCAUUGUUGUUUUUUGUUUUACUCUGGGUUGUGGCUGUUAUCCAACACUAUUGGAGAAAUAUGGCGGACGGCGGGCAUUACUACAACGAGCAUGAUGACAGAACCGCACCACAGUUUCGCAACCGUAAAGGCAGAGGCCCUCACAAGGGUCGGUAUGACAGGUCUCGCAGAGACCGCCAGCGUGGAAACCACUCAGGAGGGUUUGGAGGUCCUGGACCACGGUCGAGGCUUGAAGAUACUGAUGGAGAUGUAACUAUGAGUGAUGGCUGUCAGGACAGCAGCUCCCAGAACAGAUUUAACCCUUACGGAAGACCUUUUAGGAAAUUAGAUGGACGGUUUGACAGAGACAGGCGACAAGGCAAAGGUGGAGGCAGAGGUGGAGGGGGCGGUCCCUUCAGAGGAGGAGAACGAGGUGGCGGAGGAGGGAAAAACCAAUCGGGCUGGUACAAAGUAACGAUUCCACAUGGAAGAAAAUAUGACAAGAAGUGGCUACUCCCAGCUCUCCAGAACAUUUGUUCCGUUCCGUACCACCCUAUACAGUACCACGUGGACCAUAACAGGGUCCAUUUCUAUGUGGAUGACUCCUCUGUUGCCAGUGCUUUACACAAGUGUUCACAUAAGAUCACAGACACCGAUGGUUAUAAGGUCGAAGUGCACGUCAACAAAAGUGCUCCACCGUCAUUCCUCCUCUCUGACCUGAAGCCUGAACACCUGGAGCACCUGAAGCAAUGCAUGGCAAAACGUUUCGAUGCCUCCCAGCAAGCACUCGACUUGAACAACAUUCGAACAGACCCAGACCUGGUGUCCCAAAACAUUGAAGUGAUCCUGAACAGGAAGACUAACAUGGAAGCUGUCAUCAAGAUCAUUGAAGAAAACAUUCCUGAGCUGACGUCCUUAAACCUGAGUAACAACCGUAUUCACAAACUGGAUGAACUGGCUGAAUUGGUUACCAAGGUGCCCAAUUUGAAAACGCUCAAUCUUUCCCAAAAUGAGCUAAAGUCUGAUCGGGAGCUGGACAGGGUGAAAGGCCUGAAGCUGGUGGAGCUGUGGCUAACUCGAAACCCUCUGUGUGACGUCUUCAAGGACCAGGCCUCAUACAUUAGUGCUGUGCGCCAGAGGUUUCCCCGGCUUCUCAGACUGGAUGGUCAUGACCUCCCUCCACCGAUUGGAUUUGAUGUGGAAACGCCCACCACUAUUCCCCCCUGCAAGGGCAGCUGUUUUGGCUCCGAUGAGAUCAAGGCGCACAUCCUUCGGUUCUUGCAACAGUACUACAGUAUCUAUGAUUCGGGGGAUAGACAGCCGCUCCUGGAUGCCUAUCAUGAUGGAGCAUCAUUAUCAAUCACAACACCUUACUCCACCCAGAACCCCUCCAGGAGCAGUCUGGGAGAGUAUUACAAAGACAGUCGAAACCUGAAGAGAGUCAAAGACUCCACGAUACGCUUUCGACUGCUGAAGCAUACACGACUGAACGUGGUGGCUUUCCUCAACGAGCUACCAAAGACUCAGCACGACAUCGCCUCCUUUACAAUUGAUGUGAACACCUACACGAAUACACUACUGUCAUUCACAGUGAGUGGAGUCUUUAAAGAAGUUGUUGUUGAUGGGAAAUCGCGAGAAUCCACAAUGGCCUUCUCUCGAGUUUUCAUCACAGUCCCAGCAGGAAAUUCUGGGUUGUGCAUUGUCAACGACCAGCUUUUCAUUCGAAUGGCCACAACAGAGGAGAUCCGCCGAGCCUUCGUGGCUCCUGCCCCGACUCCAUCUUCCAGCCCUGUCCCCACCCUCACUGCACAGCAGCAAGAGAUGCUCACAGCUUUCUCACAGAAGUCUGGCAUGAACCUGGAGUGGUCACAGAAGUGUCUACAAGACAAUGAAUGGGACUUCAGCAGAGCAGCGCAGAUCUUUACUCAGUUGAAGGCUGAAGGAAAGAUUCCUGACGUAGCUUUCAUAAAAUAAAGAGUGGAAUCAAAUAUCUGUGAAAUAAACUAAAGCGCAGUUACUUUUA